CAAAUCAUCGCUCCAGACAAAUGCCAUUUUUGCUGAGGCUGGCGGCGAAAUGUGAAGCAAAGACGGGAAUGAGGAUCAAGAGAAGUCAGCGCGACGGUGUCUUUAGUGCCAUCAACAACAUGCGCCCCACCCAUCCAAGGAUGUACGACAAGGAGCUACAUACCUUUUGCGAUUAACUGGCUACCUCAGAAACAGUCACUGCUCAGAGUUGCAUCUGAAGCUUAUCUCUCGAAACUAAUUAGAGACGCGUUCUGGGGCACACAGUCUCAGCAAAGGUGGCAAAAAUAAUGUCAAAGGAAAUGUCAUGGAUUGUUAUUGUGGCAAAAUUUUUUUCCCGAUCGUCCAUGACACCGCCAUGACGUUUUUCCUCAAGAUAGCGACUAAAUUCAAUAAAUACUGCGUCCCCCCACCGGCGCAACUCUCACUUCAACUAUAACCACAAUGUCUGAAUUACAAUGGAAAGGAUACGCCGUUCACGACACUUCCAAAUGGACGGAAUUCAAGAUCAUUGACUUUACCCCCAAGGCUUUUGACGAGGAAGACCUGGAUAUCAAAAUUGACUUCUGUGGUAUUUGCGGUAGCGAUCUCCACACUAUCACAGGCGGAUGGGGCAAGCCCAUGCUUCCUGUCAUCCCAGGCCAUGAAAUCGUUGGCCAGGUCGUUCGCGUUGGAGCCAAAGUGAAGGAAUUCAAACCAGGUGACCGUGUUGGUGUUGGUGCUCAAGUUUGGUCUUGCAACAAAUGCGCCAACUGCAAAAACGACAACGAAAACUAUUGUCGUCAUUUGGUUGACACAUAUAAUGCCAAAUACCCCAACGGAGACAUGGCAUACGGCGGCUACUCGACUGCUAUCCGCGUUUCCGAACGUUAUGUGUUCCCAAUACCCGAAAAACUUUCCUCGGAGCAGGCUGCACCCAUGCUGUGUGCUGGACUCACAGUCUUCAGCCCAUUGGUUCGUAAUGGCACUGGUCCCGGCAAGAAAGUUGGCAUUGUUGGAGUCGGCGGGCUGGGCCACUAUGCGAUUCAGUUCGCCAAAGCUUUGGGAGCUGAGGUCACUGUUUUCAGCAGCAGCACAGGGAAGAAGGCCGAUGCCAUCGAGAUGGGCGCGGAUAAAUUUGUCGUAACUCGCGAACCCGACGCGUUAGAGAACAUGGAGAUGACCUUGGAUCUCAUCAUAUGCACGGCUGACGUCUCUCAUGGAAUUCCAUUAACGAAGCUCUUACAGACACUCAUUGUCCAUGGAAAGCUCGUUAUGGUUGCUUUACCCGAUGAGAAAUUACCUGAUCUCCGGGGAGCUAGCUUUAUUACUAAUGGAUGUGCCUUGAGUGGUUCACACAUAGGGAGCAAGAAGGAAUCCAUUCAGAUGCUCAAUCUCGCAGUAGAGAAAGGUGUUAAGAGCUGGAUUGACAUCAGGCCUAUGUCCGAAGUCGGGGAAUGCGUGAAGCGCGUCAAGGCAAAUAAAGUCAAGUACCGACAUGUUCUCAAGGCGGAUUUACGAACUGAUUCGAAGAUAACCACGACUUGAAGCUGUAGAAUAGAAGACCCCACAGGGCAUGAAUUCAAUAACAUUGUAGUGGUAUCACACGAGCCCUCAAUCGAAACUGUUACUU